CUCCUAGCUUCCCCUCUAUUACGUUUCAUUCAACCUCCUCAGCUAACAGGUUCUUCCCCUCUUCCACAUCAUAGACAGUCAUCCUUUCAUGCUUUGACUCGCCAAUUUUCUGCCAUUGCAGCAAUCAGUACCCCCAAGGCCACACUCAACAGCUCCAUUUCAAUCAACCAACACCUAACCUCUUCUCCAACGACCUCACGGUUUCACGUCUCACUAUUAAUUGCAAUGGCGGCGCGUCACAAUUUCAACUUCAUUACACCUCUACUCGCCAUUCUCAAUCUGAUUCUGUCGGUCACCAGCGUUCCUGUCACAUCAUUGCCUUCCGAUCUGUUUCCCGAGGAUGAUAAUAAGGCUAGUGCUGAGAGUUUUCAGCUGCUCAGUGGAGAGAAUUUUCCAUGGGCUCGAUUUGUCAACGAGAGGCCAACUGGGGUUCAUGACUUUGAGUUGUUGAAUGGAGGUGAUGUUUCAUGGACAAGAUUAGCUAAGAACACUCAUACUGAAGAUUCUGAGUUGCGCCAUGGAGGGGAUGACCCAUGGGCUCGCGCUAUCAGGGAUGACAAGGCUGCUCGUUCCGGGAAUUUCGAUUUGAGUACGGCAACGGACGGCCCAUGGUCUCGCUCAAUCGACAACAGUGCCCUCGUCCCAGCGUCCUCGUCCCCUUCCCUCAGCACCCGCGGCGAACCAGACUGGCUCGUCCAACUCCGUGGUAGAUCCUAUCAUCCACCACCAUACUGCAUGCAACAAAUCCUAGGCUGGUGCUCCCUCACAUCCGUGGUCCGUAACGAUGGCAAGACUGCCGAUUACCUCGUCUUCGAUGACCGCUGCACCGCCAAAGGACACAACAAGGCUGAGUUGCCCGUCAAAGCUUUUAAGUUUGGGUCUCUCAACGGGGGGGAGAUCAUGCUUCAGCAGUUCAGCAAUGCAGAACCUCAUUCGUAUACGUUCCAUAACCGUGGAUAUGGGUGGGGUUUCACGAAUUCUUGGUGCUGGAAUGCAGGCGUCUCGAAUAAUUAUCCUGGCUUUAGAAUGGCGUGUACCAGUGGUUUUGAUUGCAGUACACCAGAGGCUUCUGCUGGGAAGGUAGCCCGUGCAGAGGACUUCGAGACGAGUACAGGUGGCGAUGUUCCUUGAGCUGUAGGUCUUUGAUGACUGGGGGGCAUAUGAUGCUUGAGAUGGAUCUCCAAGUUCAGAGGAAGACUAACGACUAGACUUAAUAUUGUCACAGCUUCUAUGGAGCUUUAUAGAAGUUGAGACACCGGUUUGGGAUAGUUGACUAUGGGGAGCAAUUGCCUGGCUUUUAAGCAAAUCUUUCUCGUUUCCUUAAGCAUGAGAACUUAAGCAUGAGAUAUUCGGAUCGGAUCGUACACAUUGCUUCGUAUAAACAAUAAAGUAGCAAUUCAUUCACACAACCAGACUUUAAAG